AUGGAGCAGCAACAGCGAAGCAUACCUUAUCGACCAGCGCCAAAGGCAGAACCUUCUCUUGGCCCAACAAUGGCUCGGAGAGUAGAAUCCUACCUCCAAACCUCAGUCGAAGCAGAUCCAUGGUUGCAGAUGAGCCGCGAUCAACUUAGCACCAAAGGUACACCAAGGUUGACCAGGCAUACACGGACAGCCCGACUCGUGGGAUCUUCAAAGGGCGAGGAGCCAUCCGAACUUGAUCAUCAACUCUCAGGGGGCCCUCAGAGUCACGACCAAAGUGGGGCGAAAGAACUCUUGCCACGAGGGGCUACAGCUGCCCACGCUUACGGCUCGCAAGGCCCGGAUGCCACGAACAAUAAAUCUCCCCGUUCAUCCUAUGCCUCAUCCUAUGGCAGCAGCUUGCUUUCUUUUGCCUCGAGAAGUUCACGGACCACCUCUAGCUCCCUGGCCAACAGUUUAUUCUCUCGCUCCAGCCUCGCCAAAUCUAGGGUCUCGUCCUUCUUUUCUUCGCCCAGUCAAAGAAGCAGCUUGCACAGUGAUGCACACAUCCACGAAUCUACUUCGGAGUUACCACACGAUAGACUUCGUCCGGUGGCUCCCAACAAUGUUGACACAAACCCAUCUCCUACUAUCCUGAAGCAACCGGAUAGCGAGGGUCAGACCAACGCGAUUGAUUUGGAACACGGACACACUCAAUACUGUUGUACUACCUGUGCACAGUCAUUCGUAGAUCCCGAAAAAUGGGAGGCCCAUGAGAAGGCAUUUCUCUUAUUUGAAGAGACUGAGGAGCUUUUGACCCAAUCCUUGAGCUGUUUCGACAGGGGUCCGAUACUUACCAUCAGCUCUUCAUUGGUCAAAUCUGCACAGGCACGCAUUGGCCGAGUCAGGCGGCAGCAUCUCGCCUGUGGGUUCUGUUCGUGUUUGCACGAUGACGUGGACGCUCAUUUGUAUCAUCUUGCAUACCACUACUGGAACCGAAGUGACCCAGAGGACUGGUCACAUUCUCGAGUCAUCCAAGGCUUGUUGCGCCAGCCCGUCAUAUGCGAUGCAUGGGACGAAUGCAAAGCGGCACACCCUGUUCUGGCCAAUACUCCGAUAGAGCAGAUCAAGUGGCGAAGAUGCAGGACUGGGAGAAUACCCAGGUUCGCCAUCCUGUAUGGCAACGUUGAGCACCUUCAAGACGCCCUUGAGCUCUUCGAUGGGUCUCGUGAAGAUGCAAAGCGCAUCGCUCAUGUAGCCCUUGCCGAGUCCGACACUUUCCAUACAAACUUCCAAUACCUUGACCAAGUUCUUGUCCCGCUUCACGAGGUCUACGGUCACCUCUGCCAGUUGGAAGUCGAGUCAGAUUGCCAUACGGUUGAGGGGAAGCUAGUAAAACUGGAUGCAACUAUGGGGAAGGCGCCUUUGGAACGGACUGAGCCCCUCUGGAACGGAACGCCUGAUGGACAGUGCAACACCACUGCAUCAAAACCUGCGCAACAUCUUAAAUCGAAUCAAGAGGAACCGAUUCCAGGUCCGUCUUCUGCCCUGGCCAGGACAAGAUCUUCACUCAAAAAAGUACUGGGAAGCAAGGUUGAUGCUUUGCAGCCGUCUUCGGAGACCCUCUCGAACCACAUCUACGAGUCUAUCGUGAGCCAAGUCACCGACAGUUCUAUCGAAGAUAUGAUUUCGCAAGUCAUGGAGGAGUUCUGGCUUAUGUGGAGCCAGAACUGGCAAGGUUUGACGCGAGAGAUUGCUGGCGGGCGCUCUUCACCAGCUGGACAAAUACAGGAACAGGAUCUCGGCAAGACCCAGCCAAACAACUCUUCGGCUCUCGCUAGGGCACAUGAGAACAGCAAGAGGCGUCGGAGCGAAGAUGAUGCCAACGACGACGGUGAUGGCGAAGGAAGCCCGCCUCCACCAGAUCGGGCCUCAAGAACGCUGGGUGCUGCUGGCAAAAAGUUCGCUUGUCCAUUCCCGUCAGGUUGGCAGACCACCGCACGACUAAAGGAGCAUCUGUAUCGUUGCCACAGACCUAUCUAUUGCCAACGAUGCAAGCAGAUUUUCAAGUCGAAACCUGGACUGGACGCACAUGUCUCUGUGGCUCGCGAAAAUAUCUGCGAUGCGAAGCCAGGUCCACCACCUGAAGGCUUGAGCCCUGAGCAGGAACAAGACUUGAGAUCUCGAAAGAAAUCCACGCGAAACCAGUCCGAGGUUUCCAAGUGGUGCGGAAUCUACAACAUAAUAUUUCCCAAUGAGGCAGCCCCUUCACCAUACUUUGAGCCUAUUGAUGAUGGUCGUCGCCAAUCUCCAGACUCGCAUGAGCUGGAGGAACUUGAAGGUUAUCUUCGCCAGCAAGUCCCGAGCCUCGUGCAAAGUACUUUGACUGAGGCAGCUAGGCGGGACAGACAAUUGAUCCAGGCCCAAUUACUUAGCAUGCUUCACCAGGUGACCAAAGACUGCAUCGAGCAGGCCUGUCUGCAGUUCAGAAAGUCCCGACACACCGACUCUCAGCAUCUAGGUGACCCGGCGAUUGACGAGGAACUCCUCAACGCUCUACCAGACCUGGUGUUGGCCAACCACGCCAAUAUGAGCGAACCAGAUCGAGGUCGAGGGAUUAUGAUGACAGGAGGCCAGACGUUUGUAGACGUUGAUCAAGAGGGCUUUCAGCAGUCUUCAAGCGCGUUCUUAGAUAGGAUCACCAAUGUACCGCCAGCUCUAGACGGAGAUUACGCCGCAUUUGAUGGUCCUGACACAAGUUUGGAUCGUCUUGCAAAUGCCGAGUUAUCAGACUCAGGAUACGGAAAGGGAGGAAUGACUUGGGCUUUUGCCGAGUAG